AUGGAGUCUACGAUGGGACUGAUGUCCGAUCCGGACGAGUUUGGCGGAGUGGGUAGAAGUAGGAGACGGGUUGGUCGAGGAUCUAGCGAUGAAGUAUGGGCAGAUAGUAUGAGGGUACAGGUGUCGAAGCAGACGGAACGAGAAGUUAGUUCCGGAAUAAUUACGGAAUGUGAGAUGCUAAAGUCCAGAGAAUCUGAAACUGCUUUCGGAGGCGACGACAGUGACGAAGAGAUUCUGUCACUUCUUGAGGUUAAAGUGAAUGAUCAACUCACGCAAGCCUUCACGUUGACUGGGAGUAGUCAAGAUAAUAAAGAACGUUAUGAAAAGUCACUUCAACCCACAUUCAUGGUUGAGGCCAUCGAAACAAGUCAGGCCUGGCAAUUCACACAAACUCUUGUAGGAGCACAGCAGACGCAAGAUUCACAAAUUGCUGAUCUGACCCAGGACUCAUCAAUUCAUGUCAAGCUAGAAGAUACUACAUCUUCUACUCCGAUGUAUCAAGAACUCUCAGAGAUUCCGGCUUCCAUCAGAAGGCUGUACUCUUCGGUAGUUGAGAAAUACAGUGAUUACUGCUUUUCCUACAUGUUGGCCGCGCAGUUGUGCCAGGAGGAAAUCCCAAUGUGCUCCUUUAACGAGUGCAAGCUUAGUCUUCUUCUGAGCAUUGCCUCGAUAAGGCAAACCAGUCAGUCGUACCCGUUCCACGUAAUCGUCCUGGGAUCCGAUACUUCGAUAUCUCAUCUGGCAAUGACGUCCGUGGGUCGACUGGCACGUCGCUUCAUGGCAGGUAUGUUCGAUCCCUUGGCUGGGGGUCGAGUUCUGGAGGACAACUUUGUCGAAUGUGGUGCUACGACACUUUCGCGUACCGGAAUAUGUUACGUUGGGGAUUGGGCUAUGCUCAAGCCGAGCCAGUCGACCCGUAUCAUGCGGGAGAUUGAGUCCGGACAAGUGAUCAUCGAGAACCAUUCGAUAGUUUAUCCCCUGGAGUGUGCGAUCUGGAGCUACUGGAACUACACAAGAAAGGCAAAGCAGGAUCUGAGCACGAUCAUCAUGUUCUUGAACGCUUUCGGGAUACCAAUCGUUCAACCGGAGCAGACUCCGGAAGCCGUCAUGGAUUUCAUACUGGAAAGAUCGCUUGUCGGCUAUGAGCCUUCGGAUCAGCCAGAUCUCGUUCCUCAAGAAGACAUUCAUCAGUUUCUGACAAUGCUGUACUACCAAGAAGUACGGAUUUCGGAGGCUGCAGCUAAGCUUUUGAGUGACUACUUCGUAGCAACUAGGUUGAACGUUCAAGAAUCUCUCACCCAAACAUCCUUUUCGGCCCUAAACAAGCUGACCGAGGCCCACGCUCGGCUUUGUUUCCGGACUGAAGCGACCCGCAUGGAUGCCGUAGUAGCGAUCAUGAUCUGUGAACGUUUCGUCCACAGCGUGUUCUCCAAUCCAGGUAAUGCUGCUCCCCUUUCCGAUAGUUUCGAUACCAUAGAUGACCUCGAACAACACCUGUAUCGCUUCGACCGAUGGUUGAAGGACUUUCUCAGAAAUAUGAAUCGUGUUUAA